ACCAUUGCUCCUUCCCCAAUGCCUUUAUAAAUUCCUUCAAUUCCCACUCCAAGUUGCCAUCCAAAAGUUCCCACCUUCAAUUUGAAGAAACACAAAAUGAUGAACUUUUCCUUGUUUGGUAGGAAGCUACAACAUCUUUGUAGUAGCCUUUAUUUUCACCUCAACUUCAGCUCAUUUUUCAUUCAACUUUGUUAUUUCAUGAUCCUUUCUCUUUUUGGUUACUUGGGUCUCAAGAUAUCAAAGACAAGAACUCAUAUUAAGCCCAAUGAUUUUGACCUUUUUUAUACUUCUGUCUCUUCCUCUACUGUGUCUAGCAUGACGGCGGUAGAAAUGGAAGUUUUCUCUAACUCACAACUCAUUCUCAUGACCUUUCUUAUGUUUGUUGGUGGUGAGGUUUUCACUUCCUUAUUAGAACUUAUUUUUACUAGGUUCAAUAAUAAUAAAAAUUGUAAUAAUUCAUCCACUUCUAUGAAAAAUAGUCUUCCAAUAAAAGUGGUCAAUGAUCAAAUUGAGCUUGGCUUAGUUUCUAUUCCUAAUCAUCACACAUCACAAGACCAUAAACAAAUCAAUGAUGUCAAUGGUAUCAAUAAUAAUAAUAACAACAAUGUUCCAAGUGGCACAAUAGUCUCCUAUAAUAACAAUAAAGAUAUGCUACUUAGGUCUAACUCCCUUAAGUAUUUGAGUCAUGUAGUUUUAGGUUACUUUUUGGUGCUUCAAUUUGUUGGCACUUUCUUAGUUUCUAUGUACAUGAGCUUCAUACCUAGUGCAAGGCAAGUACUUAGAGAAAAAGGUAUCAAAACCCUAACAUUUUCUUUAUUCACCAUAGUUUCAACUUUUGCAAGUUGUGGCUAUGUCCCCACAAAUGAAAAUAUGAUAGUUUUCAAGAAGAAUUCAGGCCUUCUUCUUAUUAUUCUCCCAUAUAUCCUUCUUGGUAACACCUUAUAUGCACCAUGCUUGAGGUUUGUGAUUUGGGUUCUUGAGAAAAUCACCAAAAGAGAGGAAUUUUCAUACUUGCUUAGGAAUUCAAAGGAAAUAGGUUAUGGUCAUUUGCUACCUGCCCUUCAUUCUUGGCUACUUGUUGCUACCGUUUUGGGGUUCAAUAUAAUUCAAUUUGUGAUUUUUUGUUCCAUGGAGUGGGGAACACAAAUCAUGGAUGGUUUGAAUCCUUAUCAGAAAUUUGUUGCGUCUUUGUUUCAAAUCACAAAUGCUAGACAUUCUGGUGAAUCUGUUUUUGACCUCUCUACCAUCUCUUCAGCCAUAUUGGUCCUAUUCGUCGUCAUGAUGUACCUUCCACCAUACACAACAUUCUUGCCCAUAAUGGACCACGAAACCGAAAAUGAUGCCAAGAAAGACAAAAGAAGCCUAGUGGAGUGCCUUGUGUUCUCUCAACUUUCAUAUUUGGUUAUUUUCAUUAUUUUGAUUUGCAUCACUGAGAACAAAAGCCUCAGAGAGGAUCCUCUCAACUUUAAUGUUUUCAAUAUCACCAUAGAAGUCAUCAGUGCAUAUGGGAACGUAGGUUUCUCAAUGGGAUAUAGCUGCGCAAGGCAAUUGAAAGCGAAUGGUAGUUGCAAAGAUUUAUGGGUUGGAUUUUCUGGGAAAUGGAGCAACAAAGGCAAGUUCAUCCUUAUUCUUGUCAUGUUCUUCGGAAGGCUCAAGAAAUUCAACAUGAAAGGUGGCAAAGCUUGGGACCUAUCCUAGCUAAUAAUUCCUAUAUAUAUAGCACACCACAAUUUAAUUAUUAAUUUGCUCCAACAUGUGCCACAUACAUUAUCAUAAUCAUCAUAAUAUACUCGUUUAUGGUAGAAUCAAUAAAGAGCUUCUAGAACUUGUACGAGAUUUUGUGAUAGUGAUCCUAGACCUUGUAUAGUUGCACAGCGUCAGAUUCCAUGUAAAGUAAAAGAAGCAUCUCUAUUUGCUCAACUUGUAUGUUCUAGUUUUAAUGUAUGUCCUUUUUCUGCUUUUUUUUUUCCACAAAACUUCUCUUGU